UCAACAAAACGGUUACCGGCACUGAUCAAGGGUAUCGCCAUGAUCGUGAAGUCUACUUGGGGAUUGUUUGCUGCGCCCUCUUGCGGUAUGAAGUGAGACGAUGGAACUAGCAUUCGUAGUCACGAUCUUCUAUAAAGUCAGGCAGUUCUGCCCUCGUUCAUAGAGUCUAAUUCAUCAUCAUCAUCACAUCUCAACUCAUAUCAGCUUCCAGCAAGCACCCUUCUGUCUCUUCUUGUUCCUUCUCGUUGCCUACUGCUGCGCAGUCUUAAUUUUACAUUUACUACUUAAUCAGUUAUCAUCACCAUGUCUUCUGUCAAAGUCAUUCUGGGUCUUGGACUCGUGAGCUUCGCGCACCUAGUUGCAGGUCACGGUGCCAUCAUCGAUGCAGUUGGCGACGCGGGUGGCUCAGGCAUGGCCCUGGGUGUUGACAGCAGCACCCCUCGCGACGGAACUCGCCGUAGGCCAUUCCAGCAAGAUUCCACCCGAUUCCGUGGCGACCAGGAGGAUACGAUCGGCGAGACCCUCGGAGGCGGCGACAACAACAUUGAGCAAGGCACGAAGGCAAUCAUGGCCGAGACGGGGGACCAGUUGCCUCAGAUCAGCCAGGGCGGCGAACUCACCAUGACGCUCCACCAGGUCAACGCUGACGGCGGUGGCCCGUACACCUGCGAAAUCAACGCUGACGGCACGGGCGAGAACUGGACACCCUUGACCGUUACCACCACCCCUCCUGGCCGAAACUCCCGCAAUCGCGAGGGCGCCGCUACGGACUUCCCCCUCGUCGCUGCGAUUCCUGACAACCAGGAAUGCACUGGAACUGUUGCCGGUCAGGAUAACGCUUGCCUCGUACGAUGCAUGAACGCUGCUCGGGCCGGGCCAUUUGGCGGUGUCGUGCCUGUUCAAAUCGCUGGAGGUAGUGCCGCCGCGGCGCGCCGUGCACUCGCUACUGCCAUCAAGCGGGAUACUAUCAACGCUCAGCAACUCGACAAGCGACAGUGGGACUACAAGUACGAGGACGACGAAGACGAAGACUGCGAGUAAUCGAAUCACGGAUCGGGUGGUUAAUCAUUCUGUUUCGAAAGGCAAUUGGUAUAUUCUCUGGUAGGAUGCAACUCGAACAGACCCUCGGAGUAGCUAGAUGGGCGACCUCCUGGUUGAGGCGGAGAGCAGAAGGGAUAUGCACGCUAUAUAAUAGUAUUAGAUAAGGGGAAUGGACUCUAGGCCAAGCUGACUACCAUCUAUGGUGUUAUAUAGUCAAGGCUAACAU